UAGGGGGGAGAUAUUAUGAGGCUGGUGUCAUUAGGCGAUAGCCAUUGAAUCAUUCAAUCUUUUUUUACUUGCCGUAUUUUUGCGGUUUUUCCUUUUUCUCGAUAAUUUUCUUUCUCUCUCAGGUCAUUUCCAUGGUUUUCAGAUCCCCUUUAGAGCUUUAUCCCUCCCAUUUCUUCCUGCCAAACUUCGCUGAUCGCCCUCUGCUCCUGGCGAACAGCGCUCCCACCACCAGGUCUCCAGAAGACUUGUCCAUGUUUCAGCUACCGACCCUCAACUUCUCCCCGGAGCAGGUGGCGAGCGUCUGCGAGACGCUGGAGGAGACCGGGGACAUCGAACGGCUGGGCCGUUUCCUCUGGUCCCUGCCGGUGGCUCCGGGAGCGUGCGAGCAGAUCAACAAGCACGAGUCCAUCCUGCGCGCCCGGGCCGUGGUGGCGUUCCACACGGGGAAUUUCAGAGACCUCUACCACAUCCUGGAGAACCACAAGUUCACCAAGGACUCGCACGGCAAACUGCAAGCCAUGUGGCUGGAAGCACACUAUCAGGAGGCCGAGAAGCUGCGCGGUCGUCCCCUCGGACCGGUCGAUAAGUACCGGGUGCGGAAGAAGUUUCCGCUGCCUCGGACCAUCUGGGACGGCGAGCAGAAGACGCACUGUUUCAAAGAGCGGACACGGAGCCUGCUGAGGGAGUGGUACCUUCAGGACCCCUACCCAAACCCCAGCAAGAAAAGGGAACUGGCUCAAGCCACUGGACUCACUCCCACACAGGUCGGAAACUGGUUUAAAAACCGGAGGCAACGAGACAGAGCCGCGGCAGCCAAAAACAGGCUCCAGCACCAAGCAAUAGGACCGGGCGGUAUGAGGUCCCUCUCGGAGGCCGGGCUCACCCCUCGCAGCUCGGCGGAGUCGCCCUCGACCGCGGCCAGCCCCACCACCAGCGUUUCCAGUAUGACAGAGAGAGUUGAUACCGGGACGUCCAUCCUGUCCGUCACAUCCAGUGACUCGGAGUGCGAUGUAUGAUACGGAGAGGGGGGGAGAGAAAAACAACAACAGACUAAAAACAAAAACACACACAGAAACAAACAAAAAGAGAAAUAUUUACAGGGACAAUGGACCUGAGAGGAAGAAAAAAAGACUUAUGAAAUAUCGCGGAUGAAAAAAGGACCGAUUGAUAUAAAUAUUAAAAUAAAAAAGAGAUAAAAGCACGUCGUUUUUUUUUUUUUUAUU